UACGCCAAUAAUUGUCGAACGCCAUCUGCGUACGGUAAAGGACGGAUUAUGAAUACGGAAGAAUCACUAUUCCAAGUCGCACGAGCGAAGACACACUAUCUUCGACGAUGUCUACAUAUAAGCUAAUCUCAUGGGGUGCAAACUCGCACGGUCAACUGGGACAAGGUGUGUCAUCCGAACAAUGCCUCUUACCUCAAGAGAUCGAUUUAUCCGAAUGCGGCCUCAAGCCGGAAUCGGCGAGGAAAAUCGUUGGUGGUGGCGGACACACGUUGAUACUGGACACAGAAGGUCGAGUUUACUCCUGCGGACGAAACGACAAAGGACAAACUGGAAUCUCAGAUUCGGAGCUAACGAAUAUUCUAACGUUUCGGAGACUUCCUCUCGACAAUAAGACAAUAGUCGACGUAUGCUGCGGAUGGGACAGUUCCGCGGCAUUGACGAACGACGGUGACUUGUACCUUUGGGGUUCCAAUCGUUACGGACAGCUGGGCGACGACCCGUCAACUCAUUCGUCGACUUCGUUGCCUAUACGUACCAUUCGGUCGGGAAAAGUUAGACGCGUUUCCAUGGGUUUGCGGCACACCGCUGCGGUAACGGAUAAUGGUAACGUUUUAGUUUGCGGGGCGAACAGCAAAGGACAAUUGGGUCUAACUAAUGCGGAGAACAAGCAGUCUCGUGACGCUCGGCAUUGUUUCACCGCAAUUCCAGGAUUGAUGGAUGUAGAAGAUGUCGCGUGUGGCGAGCAUCACACCGUAGUCGCGAGACUGCACGGAGGCGUGUACGCCACGUAUUUCUUCGGCGACAACAAGCACGGACAGGCAGGACUCGAUCCUCGGGAAUACAUGCGAAUCUGUUCCGCACACCAUUCAGUGUAUUGCGAUUUACGACUCGGCGCGCCGAUUCACAUCCACGCAGGGUGGAGUCACACAAAUAUCUUGAACGAUGGCGUCGUUUAUUCAUGGGGAAGAAAUAGUUACGGUCAACUAGGUCGCGGGAAAUUAGAGGAAACGGGAUGUGGUUUCUGGAAAAUGCAACGUGUGGAGAAUCUCCCGAGAAUCGUUCAACUUUCAGUCGGAUCGGAGCAUAACGUCGCCUUAGCCGAGGGUGGAGCGAUAUUCUGCUGGGGCUGGAACGAGCAUGGGAACUGCGGUAACGGGAACACGAAAGACGUUCUGUUACCGGAACCUCUAUCACUUCCACACGAUUUUAUCGGCGUUCUCGUCGGUUCUGGCGCGGGACAUUCUUUCGCUGUAAUAAAAAAUAUUACCUGAUCGCAGUAGUAUAAUAUAAAUUCACUCUAGAUAACUUUUGACUAAUUUUUCCUUACACCAGAAAAUCUCGUAUAAAUUUCGUAAAAUUUAUACGAGAUAUAUCUAUAUAUCUAUAAAUAUUAUCGCAUUAAUAAGUCGUACAAAUUACACAAAACAUCUUCUGAGAAUCUACCUGUAAGAAGAAAAUAAGAAAAAUAUACAGCAACACACAUGCA